AUGGCUUUGAGCCUCGUUGCGACCACUGCACGCGCAGGACCGGCGAGCAUCCGAUACGAUUCGACGCUCUUGCCGCGCGUCGCCUCUCCAGUAGCUGCCGACGACUUCAUCCACGUCGACAAGCUCCGUCUUCGCGACUCGUCCAAACGCAACUACUACCUGACAGGGUUCAACUACUGGGCGUGCAUGAACCUGGCCGCCGACUCGGACGCCGGCGGUGACUACAACCGCUUCAUCCGCGAAUUGGACCAGAUGGCCGCCGUGGGCGUCAAUCACCUACGCAUCAUGGCCGGCUCAGAAGGAGCACCUACGCAGCAGCCGUUCCGUAUGAAUCCUCCGCUGCAGCCGUCGCCCGGCGUGUACAACGAGAAGAUCCUCAAGGGCCUGGAUAGGUGUCUGGCUGAGAUGGCUCAGCGGGGAAUGAGGGCGACCAUGACGCUCAACGAUCAGUGGCAGUGGUCCGGCGGGUUUGCGCAGUACGUCAGCUGGGCCAAUGGGAACGAGACGUAUGCCUACCCUCCGUCGUGGAACUUUACCGCUCCUCCGCAGCGAAAGGGCCCGCCGGGGAGGGGAUGGGGCAACUACACUACCACCGGCAGCUUUAACGACUACGUCGACUAUGGCAAUCGCAUCUACACCGAUGCAAAGGCAGAAGCUAUGUUCAAGAGACACAUCAACAAGGUGAUCAACCGACGAAACACGGUCAACGGCCGUCUUUACAAGGAGGAUGCCACGAUAAUGACGUGGCAGCUGGCCAACGAACCGCAGCCAGCCAACCAGGAGAAUCUGUUGGGUCCGUACAAGCUGCAGUACGCUCCCAACCCUUCGGACCCCCUGUUGCCCUGGAUCGACCGCAUCUCGACCUACAUCCGCUCGCUGGCGCCGCAUCAGCUCAUCUCGACCGGGUUCGAGGGCAAGCAGGGCGAGUGGUACUGGAAGGCUGUCCACCGGCCCAAGAACAUCGACUACGGCACCAUCCACGUCUGGGUCCAGAAUUGGGGUGUCUACGACAUGCUCAAUUCGUCGCGAGCCAACCUGAGACAGGCCGAGGAGUUUGCGGCCGCUUUCAUGGCUAAUGCCUCGAGGUGGGCUGGCGACAUCGGCAAGCCGGUGUUUCUGGAAGAGUUUGGCAUGGCUCGCGACAACUGGAAGAACAACGUGACCGCAGGCGAGUAUCAAUAUGCGACCAAGGCGACGACCCACAGCAAGGACGAGUAUUUCUCGCACAUCAUCGGGCUCGCCGUCGAGAGCUUCAAGAGCAGCAGAGGAGGCUUCGUAGGAACGAGUCCCUGGAGUUACGGUGGUACCUAUCGUCCUGAAACACAGCAAGCCAAUGAGUUUGGCAUGUGGUGGGCGGGUGAUCCUCCGCACGAGGCGCCUGGCUGGUACGAUGUGUACGACAAGGACUAUGCCUUGCAAAUCGUGAAGAAGCAGAAGGAAACGGUCGACAAGUUUGUCAAUGGCAGUGGAGGUCGUUGA